AGUUCAGUGGGCAGUACACCAAAAGAAGAAGAAGAAUCAGACAGCUCAACCAAUCAAAGUAAAGGAAAAUUGCCCGACUGCUUGUUUAGACCAUAGAGAUGUUGUAUGUAUAUCUGCUGUCGAUCCUAGGGCAUUCAAGUGGUGAUCUAAGUAUUGGUGGAAAGUUCGCCGAAUUGUUUCGAAACUUUCGAUACCCCCUGUGCCGCGGAGUCUAUUGUAUCGAAUUUUCAUGAAAUUUCCCUGGUUAGAUUUAACUGGCUCAUGGUGUCUGUUAGUACACCCUUUACCCCCCCCCCCCCCCCCUCACGCGAUGUAAAUGACCAAUUAGGAAAUGGAAUUCCAAGGGGACAUAAAUUCCUUCCUCCCUUUACUCCUCCACGACCCUCCGUUACGUCCUGCGACCUGCCUAGACAUAUAUCGCGUGAAGUGAAGAAAUCUUUCGAGCACGAAGAAGUCUGCACUGAUAGACUGUACGAUAGUACAGAUUGGUUUCUUGUUGUUUGGCUGAGGGAAAUGUUUCAACGAGGAUUGAUACUGAGAGCAACAUUGGAGCAAUGGCCACACAAGGGACGGUACCCAAAUGUUCGUACACGUUUUUGAAACUUCAAAUCGUAGCUUUGUGUUGUUUAACAUUCUGGUUAUUUUACUCUCCACCCAAACUGGAAUAUUUGAGACAUAACUUACUUCCAGCGAGAACACCAUUGGUUUCUUCGACCGAAAAUAUUAUUGAUGUCAGGUCUCGUCAGACUUCAUUGUUCCAUGGAGCACCACGGGAUGAACUCAACGAAACUUCCCAAUUCUCGAGCACAACAACGAAGUCAAGUGCAGAGGGUAGAGAUCAUGUAACAUCAACCAUUCCUACUCAUUUACAGGUAAGUCUGAAUAUAACAUACACCUCUGAUGAAGUAGAAGAUGAUGUGUCUCACGAAGGCCACAGUGGCUCUGAAUUGAAGCCAAAUAAAUGGUUCAUAAAAUGGCAAGACAGGGACUUCUCUCUUCCUAAUAAAUCUAAGAAGUUACCAAUCACUGAAGGAUAUACAUGGAAGGAUUCACAAGAAGAGGUAGGGUGUGGCAAAUUUUAUGAUGAUGAUGUUAUUGGUGGUACUAGUGAUGAUGAUGAUGGGGAUGAUGAUGAUUCCGGAACAAAACAUUCUGACAUGACUCGGGCCUAUUCAUGUAUUCAUUCAGUACAAGAUGUGUAUUUCAAUAUUGCUUUGUUGCUAUGAGGCCUUGUAGAAAAA